UUCCUCCUCUUCUCUUAUUUUAUUUCAUCAUGGAUAUUUCUGUGUUGCUCAAUUUCCUUCAAGAUAAUCCAGAUACUCUUAUUCCUUCUCCAUGGAAACAAAUUUUUGAUGUUGAGACUGGGUUAGUUUACUACAAGCACAGUGAAAAUGGAUUCUUAAUAUACGAUUUCAGGCCACUGGUCAAUAUUCGAAGAGGAAUCUUCUUGGACAACUCUUUAAACUCAGCAUCUAUAGAUUGUGCUGAUACUCGACAAAUGAUAACAAAUUUUCAAAAUUCAUAUGGUCUCUCAAAGGUUUAUCUUUUUCGCAUUACUUGUUGCGCGGACAUCACUAUUCAUUGUAUCGUGGACCAACCUGUGUUUAAAUGCAUGUUAUGUCACUGUAUUGUUGGGAAACUUCCAUGAUUUAAUCAUGUUGUGUUAAAAUUAAUAAAAACAUAUUUUCGAAAAUAAUCAUAGCUUUUCAUAGUUAUCAAUUAUUGUGUUUGU